AUGAACAAUUUAUGUCAAAUUUGGACUUGGUACAUAGAAGUGUUCAAUGAGAAUUUCCCACAAUCACCUCCAAUGUACCUACGAACCCCUAUAUCGAAGCAGACUGAGGGUCAGAGGGCAAUUAAGAAGGAAUGCCGGAAGAUUGGGAGAUCCAUGGCGUCUAGCCGUUAUCGACGCAGGCAAGCUGAAGCAGGGAAGGCUAAGAACCGGUUGAGAAUGGCAGACAAAAGAGCAGGAAUGACAGAUGAGGAAAAAGCUACAACAAAUAGGAAGCGAAAGGAAGCUGCUGCAGCAUCAUAUCUCAGGCAAGUUGUUCCGGGUAUUCUCAAGUUUUCUUUCUGA